GGAAUCAGGUUUCUCAAACCCAGCAGAGAGUAGAGAGGGGAGGGGAGAGGAGGCUGAGCCAGAUUUCCUCUCAGACACUCCCAGUCUUUUAAGGCCCUGAGCUCAGCUAACGGUCCCCUGACUCUCCUCGAGUCUGGAUCUCAGUGAACAGGGACAGAGUGACAUACACACCACCCUGGACCUCAUCUCAGUCAGCCAUCUAGAGUCCAGCCCCUCCUUAUCUGAGGCCCUACACCUCUGGAGGUCCAACCAAACACACUCCUGAGGAGACCUGUACUUUGGCACGUGUCCAUUGGCAUGAUUGCAGGAUAGAAAUGGAUCCUGAAGGCCCACGUGUCAAAGAUGACCCAGACAUCAAGGUGAUGAUCGCAGGGUCGACCCUGAGGAAGGUGAAGUCCCGCUCAUGGAAGAAGCAGCGACAUUUCCGUCUCCUGGAGGAUGGCCUGACGAUCUGGUACAAGUCCAGAUGGGCAGGGAAAGGACACACCACCUUCUCUAUCACAGAGAUGGAGGCUGUGCGUGAGGGACACCAGUCGGAGGUCCUGCAGAGCAUCGCUGAAGAGUACCCCGCUGACCUCUGCUUCACUCUGGUGUUUCAUGGUCGACAAGGAAACCUGGAUCUGGUGGCUGAGUCUCCAGAGCAGGCCCGGGCCUGGAUCCAGGGAGUCCGUAAACUGAUUCGCAAAGCUGAGACCAUGGAUGAGAAGGAGAGGCUAGACCAGUGGGUCUGGGACUGGUUCCUUAAAGCUGACAAGAACAAAGACGGGAAGAUGAAUUUCAAAGAAGUGCGGACACUGCUGAAGAUGAUGAACGUGGAGAUGAAUGAGGAACAUGCUCUGCACCUCUUCACGAUGGCUGAUAAGUCUGAGAGCGGCUCCCUGGAGAUCGAGCAGUUUGUCCACUUCUAUAAGAUGCUGACUCAGAGGGAUGAGGUGUGGAAGGUGUUUCAGGAUUACUCUGGAGAUGGAGAGAAGUUGAUGAUGGAGGAGCUAGAGAGCUUUCUGAGGAUGGAGCAGCAUGAAGGAGAGCAGAGUUCCCAGCAUGCCCAGGAACUGAUUGAUCGCUACGAACCAUCUGAAUCAGCCAAGAAGCAAGGCGCCAUGUCGUUUGAUGGCUUCCAGAUGUACCUGUGCUCACAGGAGGGCUCUAUAUUUAAACCUGAGCUCCGAGAUCUUUACCAGGACAUGAGCCAUCCGCUCAGCCACUACUUCAUCUCCUCCUCACACAACACCUACCUCCUGGAGGACCAGCUCCGAGGACACAGCAGCCUGGAGGCGUACAUCCAGGCCCUGAAGAGAGGCUGCAGGUGUGUAGAGAUAGACUGCUGGGAUGGUAGUGAUGGAGAACCCAUGGUGUAUCACGGUCACACCUUGACAUCAAAGAUUCUUUUCAAAGACGUCAUUUCAACACUGAAAGAAUACGCAUUCAAGGUGUCAGAAUUUCCUGUCAUCCUGUCCCUGGAGAAUCACUGCGGUGUGGAGCAGCAGGCGGUCAUGGCCCAGCACCUCAGCCAAAUAUUGGGUGACACUCUCCUGACCUCCCUGCUGGAUGGGCAGGUCCCUCACCAACUCCCCUCUCCACAAGAGCUGAAGGGGAAAAUAUUGCUGAAAGCCAAGAAGAUCGGGGGUCCAGAUUGCUCCCUGGAUGGAGCUCUGCCUGACGAAGUUAGCGACGAGGAGGAGACGGCCAACAGUGAUGCGGAGACUCUAGAGGAUCCACCUCCUGGCUCUGUGAACAAUGCAAAGAAAUUAAAGUCCAAACUGUCCAGGCUGCUGUCAGACUUGGUGGUUUACUGCAAGAGUGUUCACUUCCACAACUUUGAGCAUUCUCGCUCACAUGCCAAAUGCUAUGAGAUGUCCUCAUUCUCUGAAUCCAAGGCCAAGAAGCUUGCUAAGGACACAGCGACAGAUUUUGUACGGCACAACACAAAACAACUGAGCAGGAUCUAUCCCAGUGGACUCAGGACAGACUCCUCCAACUACAACCCUCAGGAUAUGUGGAAUGUGGGCUGUCAGAUAGUGGCUCUGAACUUCCAGAAAGCCGGGCUGGAAAUGGAUCUGAAUGAUGGGCUGUUCCGGCAGAACGGCUGCUGCGGCUUCGUCCUCAAGCCUGACUUCAUGAGAGACGGAGGCACUCAGUUCAGUCCUGAGAAACCAGAGGAGCGGGACGGCCACAAACCACUCCGCUUAUCCAUACAGGUGAUCAGUGGGCAGCAGCUGCCAAAGGUGAACCAAAAGGAGGGCUCUAUAGUCGACCCUCUGGUGAGAGUGGAGAUCUAUGGAGUGCCUCAGGACCAGACCAAGGACGAAACCCCUCACAUCAACAACAAUGGCUUUAACCCAGUGUGGAACAAAACUUUAAAUUUUGUCAUCCACACCCCUGAGCUGGCCCUGGUUCGCUUUGUGGUGGAGGACCAUGAUAAGGCCUCCAGGAACGACUUCAUGGGACAGUUCACUCUGCCAUUUACAUGCAUCCAAGCAGGUUAUCGUCACAUACACCUGCUGUCUAAAGAUGGAACAGCCAUCCCUCCCUCCUCCCUCUUCAUUCACAUCAGCAUCUCAGAGCUCACAUGAAGAAGACAAACACAUGAGGAUAUAAAGCCAGAGGUUGAGACAUUCCUUUUUUACAUUUGCCUAAAUAUGGAUGAAACAGCAUGCAUCAAUAUCUUUGAUUGAUAUUGCCAGCACUUAUAUUCAGUACUUAAGUCUUGUGGGGUAGCAGUAGAAGAUUGGGGAAACGUAGCUUAUUAGAAAUAAUGGUGAGCAGGCAGCAGAGAGGAUUUGAAAAGGUUCCUUCUUAGUAAAUAAAAAUAAUAAGAAGAAACCAGUCAGAAAAAAACAGACUGUCAAAGAGUGAAAAUUAAAGGAAAAUAUUUGUUUUACCUCAGUUCUUAUAUCAAAUCAGAAGCAGUGACAAAAAAAAUCCAUAAUUUUUCUGUCUGCAUUGUUUUCUUUCUGGAAGUUUCCUCGACUUAAAAUCAGAUGAUGAAAGAUUGUUUUUAAUUGACAUGAUCUUUCCGAGCACCAGGAAACAAGUUUGUUUUCUUCACAUGAAGGCCUUUUUAUGCAAUUCCCAGUUAAACUUUGAAUUAAGAUGCCUUAUGCGCUUUAAAGAUGGCACUUUGAUUUUUGGAAUGAAGGAACAUGAAGGAUUCCUGCAUGUGGAGACUGACUGAACAUUCCUGUUUGCCUUUGAGUGUACAGUAUAUGUACCUAUUAUUAUAACAGCUUUGCAUUGUGUUGUUUCAUUCAAUGAAGUGCCUGCUUGAGUUUUUUUUAUGUACAAAUUGAACAUUAUGUUGUGUAUAAUGUAAACGUGUGUACAUAUGGGCCUGUAAAUAUAUGCAAUGCAUUUUCUGAAUGGUUAAUGACCAAGGAAGUAAAAUUCAGUCAUUGACAAACUU